UUGGAGACAGUGGCAAGUGCCACUUUGAUAAAGACUGUGCUAGGAGGGAAGUCAAACGACAACAAAAUGGAGCAAAUGCAUUAAGGCUCUUUACCCCCUGUCUCUGUGGUGCUCUUCUUAUUUAGAAUUUUCAGGAUAUCUUUGGUAAUUUUCUUCAGCUGAUGCCUCGCUUCAUCACGCUCUUUGCCGACUCCAUAGAGAAGGAUUGUGCGCUGGUUACAUUCAUGACUUGAAGAUUCAUCCUGGAAAACAGAAAAUGCAUUUUGAAACCCUUGUUUGCAGGGGUGCGGUUGCAUUUCAUAUCCACGAAAUGCACUAACCACAGCAUCUCCAUGCUGGCUCGAUGUGGUGGCACUCUGCCUACUUCUCAACUCACCUCAACUUCCACUGACAACACCCUUGUUUUUCCAGUUUGGAACUUGCUAAAGUAAAAAAGUGUCAACUGACCUGAAGUCUUAAUAGAAGAAUUUGAUGUGGGCCUACUCUACAGAGUAAAUCAUCUGAGAAAGCAAGCCUGCAACCUUCUCCAGGAAGCAGACCUGAACAGCUUGGCCUCAACUUGGAGUAAUCAUUUCCAUGGAAAAUAACAAAAGGAACCCAAAGUUACAAAGCAUCAACUCUAUGGCAGAAUCCUCAAGACUUUACUGAUGAAAACUCAGCAAAUUCCCUAUCAUAAAGAGUUCUGACAACUAAACUAAGAAUUUAAAAGGAAAAUACCAGCUGCCACUCUGCAGGUUGCAUUAAUUACCACUUACUGGAUAAAUUCAAAUCUUCGGAAUCAGCAAGCAACCAGGUAGCAAAGAAGAAAUGCAAGUCAUCGACAACUUCACUGCUGCAGAUGGGAAUGGCAGUCGGUGCACCAGAGAUUACAAAAUCACCCAGGUCCUCUUCCCCUUGCUCUACAUCGUCCUGUUUUUUGUUGGACUCAUCACAAACUGCCUGGCAAUGAGGAUUUUCUUUCAAAUCCGCAGUAAAUCCAAUUUUAUUAUUUUUCUUAAGAACACAGUCAUUUCUGAUCUUCUCAUGAUUCUGACUUUCCCAUUCAAAAUCCUCAGUGAUGCCGAACUGGGAACGGGAUCCCUGAGAACCUUUGUGUGCCAAGUCACUUCCGUCAUAUUCUAUUUCACAAUGUAUAUUAGCAUUUCAUUCCUAGGACUGAUAACAAUCGAUCGCUACCAGAAGACCACCAGGCCAUUUAACACAUCCAGCCCCAACAAUCUCCUGGGGGCUAAGAUUCUCUCUGUUGUCAUCUGGGUUUUCAUGUUCUUGCUCUCUCUGCCUAACAUGAUUCUGACCAACAGGAAGCCCAGAGACAACAAUGUGAAGAAAUGCUCUUUCCUCAAAUCAGAGUUUGGCCUAGUCUGGCAUGAAAUAGUCAAUUAUAUCUGCCAAGUCAUUUUCUGGAUUAAUUUUUUAAUUAUCAUUGUAUGUUAUACACUUAUUACAAAAGAACUGUAUAGGUCAUAUGUAAGAACAAGGGGGGUUGGCAAGGUCCCCAGGAAAAAGGUGAACAUCAAAGUUUUCAUUAUCAUUGCUGUAUUUUUUAUUUGUUUUGUGCCUUUCCAUUUUGCCCGAAUUCCCUACACACUGAGCCAGACUCGGGAUGUCUUUGACUGCUCGGCUGAGAAUACUCUGUUCUAUAUGAAAGAGAGCACUCUGUGGUUAACUUCCUUAAAUGCCUGUCUGGAUCCAUUCAUCUAUUUUUUCCUUUGCAAGUCCUUCAGAAAUUCCCUGAUAACUAGGUUGAAAUGCACCAAUUCAGCAACAUCUCCAACCCACGGAAAUAAGAAAAAAGGCCAGAAUGGUGGUGACCCAGACGAAGAGACUCCCAUGUAAAGAAAUAAACCGAAGAAGUAUUCCAAUCUACUAGUGUUUAGAACCCCUUAAAGGAAAGCCCUAUAUAAAAAUAUUAACACUGACUAAGAAGUAGCUGACUUAACAAUAAUGACUCUUGAAACUGAUAAUAGAAGACUAAAAAAGUAAACUUCAUUUACUUUUCCAGUACUGAAAGCUCUAUUAAGGGACACGAAAAUAACCUAGCAUGCAGCUGUGUAGCAAAUAAACAAACUGUGGCCAAUGUCAGUGCAGAAUGGACAAAACUACACAAAAUUCAUGAUUUGCAGAGUUUUAGGAAAAUGGGUAACCAUGUAAUAAUAUCUACUGUAAUUCACUAAAUAUAUUAUUGGUCAUGUUAUUUCUUAAGAAUCAAUUAAAGAAAAAUAAUCAAUCUAAUAUAAUCUUCUGACCAAUAAUUAAGAUGUAUGAACAUCCUAAUGUUACCCUUAACAAAAUGCUGACCUAUUGUGACACUUUAUAAGAAGUUAGGUAAGUGGAACAUACAGUCAAAGAAUAAUAACUACUAACUUUUAGUUAGCAAAAAUUAAGGGAUUUAAACUAAUUGGCAUGGUAUUUGAUUGGACUGAAUUUUUUUAAAAUGUUCAUCAAGAAGAAAGAGUUUUAAAGAAUAUCUUUGCAAUAAAAAAGUAGAAAUAGCAAGUCAUUAAAAUAAGUAUUUUUAUGGCAUUCUAGCAUUUUAAAAUUAUGAAUAUUUCCUAACAUUAGAGAAACUGCUUUUACUAAUAGUUUGAAAUUUUAAUGAAUAAAUACCUUUAUUAACUAACUUCCAUAAAAUACCUUCUACUUGGGUUAACAGACAUUUCCCUUAAUGAGAAAAAUGAAUUAAAUAUGAUUAUACAGUAGCACAGCAUAACUGUUCAUAGGAAAGUGAUUAAAGUAUUUGAAAUUACCUGUUCGUACUGUGUAUGUGUAUAACUUGAAAAAUUUACAUUAAAUUCUAAAUCAUA